UCAGUUGGGAACGUGCGCUUGGCGACCGAGGAACUUCAAAGACAUCGCGCUAGUGGGUGAUCCAAAAAUAUACGCAUAUAUUUAUAUAUACCCAUCGUUAAAUAGCAGAAAAGCAGCGGAGGGAAAUGAAAAGUUGAGAAUCGAAUCUCCAAUAAACGUGUGCAAUGCAUUUCUGUUGGAUAUUGGUUAGCUUUCUUAGCCUCAAUAAAGUGCAGGCACAGUUUUACGGAGGCAGUACUUAUGGCUCAUCCAGUGGCCAAUCCAUUCGCCUUGGUCUUAUCACGGACGAUGCCACCGACAGAAUCCGGCAGACUUUCGAGCACGCCAUAUCGGUGGUGAACAACGAGCUCGGUAUUCCUUUGGCCGGAGAAACCGAGCAGGUGGCCUUCGGCAAUUCCGUCCAGGCCUUUGCCCAACUUUGUAGGCUGAUGCAGGGCGGAGUGGGCGCCGUCUUUGGGCCGGCUGCCAAGCACACUGCCUCUCACCUGCUGAACGCCUGCGACUCCAAGGACAUACCCUUCAUAUACCCGCAUUUAUCAUGGACUGGCCAGGUGGAUGGCUUCAAUCUGCACCCAAGUCCGGAGGAUAUAGCCCAUGCCCUCUACGACAUUGUCAACCAGUUUGAGUGGUCCCGCUUUAUAUUCUGCUAUGAAUCCGCUGAGUACCUGAACAUUUUGGACCACAUGAUGAGCCUGUAUGGCAUCAAGGGGCCUGUCAUCAAGGUAAUGCGCUAUGAUCUCAACUUGAAUGGCAACUACAAGUCGGUGCUGCGACGCAUCAGAAAAUCGGAGGACAGUCGCAUCGUGGUCGUGGGCUCCACUGAGGGCGUGGCCGAGCUACUGCGUCAGGCCCAACAGGUGGGCAUCAUGAACGAGGACUACACCUAUGUCAUUGGCAACCUGGACCUGCACACCUUCGAGCUGGAGGAGUACAAGUACAGUGAAGCCAACAUCACGGGCAUAAGGAUGUUCUCACCCGAGCAGGAGGAAGUGCGAGAACUGGUUGAAAAGUUACACCAGGAGCUGGGGGAAAGUGAGCCCACCAAUACGGGUAGGAAAGUGUAUUUGUAUGCAUCACAAAGUUAUGUUUUCGGUUCCUUGGCAGGCUCCUCAUCCAUCACCAUGUCCAUGGCCCUCACCUAUGAUGCAGUUCGCGUCAUUGCGGAGACAACCAAGCAUCUGCCGUACCAACCUCAGAUGCUCAACUGUUCCGAGCGCCAUGACAAUGUUCAACCAGAUGGCUCUACCUUCAGGAACUACAUGAGAUCGUUGGAGAUCAAGGAGAAAACGAUUACUGGUCGCAUCUAUUUCGAGGGCAAUGUGCGCAAGGGUUUUACCUUCGAUGUCAUCGAGCUGCAGACAAGUGGGCUGGUCAAGGUCGGCACCUGGGAGGAGGGCAAGGACUUUGAGUUCCAGCGGCCCCCUGAAGUAAUCAACUUCAAUGACAUCGACGAUGGCUCGCUGGUGAACAAAACCUUUAAGGUUCUGAUAUCUGUUGCGACCAAACCGUAUGCCAGUCUAGUCGAAAGUAUUGACACUCUAAUAGGCAACAAUCAGUACCAGGGCUAUGGAGUCGAUCUCAUCAAAGAGUUGGCCGAUAAGCUUGGAUUUAACUUUACCUUCCACGACGGUGGUAAUGACUAUGGCUCCUUCAACAAGACAACUAACUCGACCACAGGAAUGCUCAAGGAAAUUGUAGAGGGACGAGCGGAUUUGGCCAUCACUGAUCUAACCAUAACAUCGGAGCGAGAAGAAGUCAUUGAUUUCUCCAUACCCUUUAUGAAUCUGGGCAUAGCUAUUUUAUAUGUGAAGCCGCAGAAGGCUCCGCCCGCCCUUUUCUCCUUCAUGGACCCAUUUUCAUCGGAGGUCUGGCUUUACUUGGGCAUCGCCUAUGUGGGAGUGUCGCUCUGCUUCUUCAUCAUAGGGCGCCUUUCGCCCAUCGAAUGGGAUAACCCGUAUCCCUGCAUCGAGGAACCAGAAGAGCUGGAAAACCAGUUCACCAUCAACAAUUCCCUGUGGUUCACCACGGGAGCUUUACUGCAGCAAGGCUCGGAAAUUGCUCCCAAAGCCCUCAGCACACGUACGAUUUCGGCAAUUUGGUGGUUUUUCACUUUAAUUAUGGUCUCUUCCUACACGGCCAACUUGGCUGCCUUCUUGACCAUCGAGAAUCCAACAAGUCCCAUAAACAGCGUUGAGGACUUGGCCGAUAACAAAGACGAUGUUCAGUAUGGAGCUAAGCGUACAGGAUCCACCAGGAAUUUCUUUCUGACAUCGGAGGACCCCACCUAUAUGAAAAUGAACGAGUACAUGACCAAUCAUCCGGAGAUGCUGAUGGACAACAAUCAGGAUGGCGUAGACAAGGUGAAGGCGGGCACCAAGUACGCAUUUCUCAUGGAGUCCACCUCCAUUGAAUUCAACACGGUUAGGGAGUGCAACCUGACCAAAGUGGGAGACCCGCUGGAUGAGAAGGGUUAUGGCAUAGCCAUGGUGAAAAAUUGGCCGUAUCGCGAUAAGUUUAACAACGCCUUGCUGGAGCUGCAGGAGCAGGGCGUCUUGGCCAGGUUGAAAAACAAAUGGUGGAACGAAGUUGGCGCCGGUGUUUGCAGUGCAAAAAGCGAUAAUGAUGGCCCCUCUGAGUUGGGCGUCGACAAUUUAAGUGGUAUUUACGCUGUCCUGGCCAUCGGAUCCUGCAUUUCCAUGAUUGUCUCCAUACUAUGUUGGUGCUGCUUUGUGUACAAGAAAGCUAAGCUCUAUGCUGUUCCCUUUUGCGAUGCCCUGGCUGAGGAAUUCAAAAUUGUCAUCCACUUCUCGGAAAAUGAACGAGCCCUGAAAAGCGCCCAGUCGAUCUACUCCCGCAGUCGGAAUUCAUCGCAGUCAAUAGAGUCCCUAAAAACGGAUUCCGAGGAGAACAUAUCGGCUGAGGAUUAA